AUGGCGGCUGCAGGCGUCGAUGUGGGCUAUGUCGCUGGUCACUUAGGCCUUGACCAACCCGUGUUGACAACAUUGACGACCGAACCGACGGCGGAAUUGGUGGCCACGCUGCUUCAAGCGGUUGCUGCCAAGGCUCACGAAUUUGACACAUUAUACGCUAACAAGCUUCAAACCGAUAUUGAGUUGGAAAAUGUCGUUCGGAGCUCCGAAAACAGAUUACAAGCCUCAAAGUCCACUACAGAAAAGGCGCUGAAGGAUGUUGAAGAGGCUAGGCAGAAACUCAAGGAGGAAGAGACGAAGCGACAAUCCUUGGAGAACGAAUUACAGGCGCUCAAGGCCAAGAAUUCUGACCACGCUGCUGAAGUGAAGAGCCUUACCGAUAAGAUUGAGACUCUGCAGUCGUCAAACCGGACUAACCUAAGCAUUAUCGAAUCACACAACAAACGCGAUGAAACCAUCACCGAGGAGCUUACAAAGCAGCACCAGCGUAAUGUCGAACUUGCUCGAGAGGUAACGGCUCUCCAACAGUCAGAACAAAACGCCAAGGGUCUACUCAACAGCGCCAAAUACCGCGAGGAGUCAUUAAAGCAACAACUUGAGCUAGCUCGCCGCAACAGCGAAUGGCUUGAGACUGAGCUGAAGACCAAGAGCGAAGAGUCUCUGAAAUACAGAAAGGAAAAGGGCGCUCGCAUUGCAGAGCUGCAGCGCGAAAACGAGGAUGUCAAGUCGCAAGUCGACGCCCUCAAACGAUCUGAGCAGCAGCUUCGCGAACGUCUCGAUGCCAUGCAGGCCAAGGCGGAUGAGGCCCUUGUUAAGCUUCAGAAGCAAGAAGGCGCCUUUGCCACAACUAUCGAAAGCUACAAGCAAGAACUUGAGGACCAGAGGCGGCUUGUUGACAUGUCUGACCAGCUGAGCAAAAAACACGCGGAACGUGUGCGGGACCUUGAGGCCGAGAAAGAGCGUCUAAGAGAAAACUACGAAAAUGAAAUCCGAAGGGUUCGUAUGGAGCUGGAACAAGAACGGCAAAACGUGACGGAGAUGGAGGAGAGAAUCAGUCAGCUCGAAGGCGAACUUGACGAAGCCCAGGCUCGUAUGGAACAGGGCCCUCCCCCCGGUUCGGCGCCGCAAACACCGCGCCCGAAUGGCUCGUUUGCGGGUCGUGCAGCUUCGCCAUUCGCUACACCUGCUUCCAUUCGCAAGUCGGCAAUGACCGCUACCCAAGCUAUUGACCAACUGUAUCAGGUCAAAGGACAGCUGGCCAGCGAGAAGCGAAGAAAUCAUCAACUCUCGGAGGAGCUCGACGAAAUGAUGACAGCUCUUGAAGCCAAGGCACCCGAGAUUCAAGAGCUGCAAGCUGAGUCCGAUGCGCUACGCAGCGAAAUCGCACGCAUGUCCGAACUAUCCCAGCAAAGUUUUGAAGAGCGAGAUGUUGCGAGAAAGGCGGCUCGCAAGGCGGAAAGCGCACUGGCGACGGCCCAGUCCGAGACAAAGAUUCUGCGAACACAACUUCGGGAUCUGGGAACCCAGAUUCAGAUGCUUGUUUUUAAUGUAUAUGCCAUUGAAAAGGGCGUGGAUCAACUGAGCGAGGAAGACAAGUAUCGCUUGCAGCAGCUGGAGAGGGGAGAGAUUACAGAAGAGGCUCUUUCUGAUCUCUCCGACACACAUCAAUUCAUUACCCAGAAGCUGGUGGUUUUCAAAGAUAUCAAGUCUCUGCAGCAGAAGAACCAAGACUUGAUGCGUAUUACUCGUGAACUUGCCGAGCAGCUUGAGAGUGAAGAAGCUCUCGCCGCAAAACAUCAAGCCAAGGAGGAUCAUGAUCGUGUCGAGAAGCUGCAGCGCGAGCUUGAGAACAUGACUGAGGAGAGCCGAUCGAUCAAGAAUACGAUGGAGAGCUACAAGACGGAGCGAGACAUGUUCCGACGAAUUCUUCAACAGCGCGGUGGGGGUGUCGACGAGGCCUCCAUGAUGCGUAGCUCUCUAGAUGGUGGCCAGCGCGCACCGCUCGCUAGCAUAGAGGGUAGUGAACAGGCCGAAUCCCUCAGCGAGGCUCUCCGAAAACUACAAGCGGAGUACGAUAGCUUCAGAGAUGCCCAGGAUGGUGUUCGUAAAGAUCUCCGAACUCAAAUUGAUCAUUUGUCUACGGAGAAGAAUUCACUUCAGACGGAACGCGUCAAAUUGCAGGGUGAGGUGAAACUAGAAUCUGAACGACGAGAGAUGCUGCAGAGCAACUACGUGGCCUUGCAGUCCGAAAAUUCUGAACUUCAGAAGAGGGUCCAGGUCUUGUCGGAGACUGCUGCAAAGCAGGACAUUCGCACGCAGCAGGUUGCCGAGGAACUCAUCGAAACCAAGGGCCUGUUGGAUAGUAUGAGAAACGAAACUGCCAACUUGAAGGCUGAGAAAAAUCUUUGGAAAGACAUACAGGAUCGUAUGAGCAAGGACAACGAGAACUUGAUCGAAGAAAAGAAUCGACUAAACCAUCUUCUCGCCACUCAACAGUCCUUGGAAAAUGAGCGCAACAUGUCUGAGUCUGAAGCCAGACGAAAGGCGCAAGCCAAGAUUGACACCCUCGAGCGCGAGUUGUCUGAUGUCCAGAGAAAGCUCUCUAAUGAGACAGAGGAAAGCAAGAAGCUGCAGCUCCGAAAGGAAUUCGAAUCGAAAGAGGCGCAGAAGAGAAUUGAUGAGCUCAUGGCAAGCCUUGGCCAGAUCCGCGAGGAACAUGUUGGCGUCAAGACAACUCGAGACCAUUUGCAGGCUCGAGUUGAUGAGCUGACGGUUGAACUGCGAAAUGCCGAAGAACGUGUCGGCCGCCUGCAACCUCGACCUACGCCACGACCUGGCCUAGAUGACGGAAGCCAACGACAGCAGGAGCUUGAAGCAGAGCUUCACGACCUCAACAACGAUAUCUCUGACCUCAAACGGGAUCUUGACAUGGCCAAUACCCAGCUCGAGAAUGCAAAGGCGCAGGCUGAGCAAUACAGGGAGCUUAGCCAGAGUAAUGAGGAAUUGCUCGCAGACUUGCGCGGUUCUCAAGAGCAGUACAGACAAGAGAUGGAGGCCAUGGUUGAAGAGAAGGAUAAUAAAAUCAAAGAGCUCAGUCAACGGAUCGAGGACAUGUCCGAGGAGCUAUCUCGUUCAAAUACGGAGCUAUCACAGUUGCGUGAUUCGCAAGGCGACGUUGCUCGAAAGUAUGAGGACGAAAAGACCAUUCUGGAGGAUGAGCUAAAGCGUUUGAAGGAAGAGAGUGCCAGGCAUGCCGAGGCCACUCGAUAUCAUCAACAAGAUUUACGGGCCCAGGCUGAGAUUGCCUCCAAGGCGCAGCAAGACUACGAGAAGGAGCUAGUCAAGCACGCUGAAGCUGCGAAGCUCGUCCAGCAACUGCGCACCGAUUACAAUGCGCUCAAGAGUGAAUCAGCAUCCCUACGAGCAGAAGCUGAAUCAGCCAAGGUUACCCUUGCGCAAAGCGAGAGCUCCUGGGAGGAUCGCCGGCAGCAGCUAGAACAGGAAAUGGCUGAGUUGACGGCCCGACGUGAGGAUGUUAAUGCUCAAAACAAAUUGCUGCACCAGCAGCUUGAGGGCUUAACCGCCCAAGUUGCUGCGUUGCAACAGAGGAGAUCAAAUGGCAAUGAAGAGGGCGAUGAGGGCAUGUCGCCCGUACAUGUUGGUGAUGCUUUGGAAGGGCUACGAGAACUGAACAACUACCUACGUCGUGAGAAGGACAUACUUGAAGUUCAGUAUGACCUAAAGUCACAGGAAUCUAAACGCCUGCAACAACAAGUCGAGUACACGCAGUCCCAGUUGGACGAGGCUCGCUUGAAACUUGACCAAGAGCGAACACAAUCUGCGCAGAGUGGCCGUUCAUCAAUGGCACACCAAGACUUGAUGGAAAAACUCCACGAGCUCAAUUUGUACCGCGAAAGCAGUGCCGCUCUCCGCAACGAGAACACUCAACUGAAGGAUCAGAUAGUUGAGAAGAAUAAGAAGAUUGAGGAGAUGGAGGGUAAAGUUCAACCGCUGGAAGUUGAGAUUGACAACCUAAAAAUGCAAAAGUCGUAUCUUGAGGAAGAGAUCAAGCAGAUUCAGGAGGACCGUGACCGCUGGCAGAAGCGGACUGAAGGCAUCCUCACCAAAUACGGGCGUGUUGACCCAGCUGAGAUGGAGCAACUCAAGAAAACCAUCUCUGACCUUGAGGCUGAGCGUGAUUGUCUCAAACAGGGCGAGCAGCCGCUUCGAGAGAAGAUCACCGAACUUGAGUCAACACUGGAGAGCGAACGUCAAGCUUGGCAAACAACUCGCGCCAAGCUUACCGAGCAAUUCAAAGAGCGGUCUAGAAAGCUCACCGGCGAGAAGAAUGAGGCUGCCCAGCGUGCCAACCAUCUGCAGGAGCAACUUGACAAGGCAAGUGGUGAUCUCCAAGGUGCCCAGCAACUCGCCGAAAACGUUGGAAAAGAGAAGUUGGAGCUUGAGCAACAAGUUCAAUCUUUCAAACAACAAGUGGAGGAGCUUCGCCAACAAGUCCAACAGCAUCAGCCUGGGCAACAGCCCCCAGCUGCUGAUGCGACAUCCGUUGACGUUGUCAGCCAAUUAGAGCAGCAACUGGCCGAUGCUCGCAAGGAACUGGAAGCAGUAAACGCCCAAAAACUCGGGGCGGAACAACAGCUCGAACAGCUUCGCGCAGAGCUGCAAAAUGCUAUUGCUGAGCGUGACGAGGCGACUCAGAAGUUGCAGAACGAGGUGGCGGUUCAGACCAAUGGCACAACUAGUGAUGAUGCCGUUCCAGAAGGAACGGGUGACAGUGCAACCACUGGUCUAUCCGAUGAAGAGCGAAAGGCAUUGGAAGAGAGGGUGGUUGCUGCAGAGUCCAAGGCUGCCGAAUUGGAACAGAGAGCCAAUGAGGCGGAGAACAAAAUCCAGCAAACCAUCAAGGAGCGAUCCGAUAGAAUGCGUGAUACUCUUAACAACAAACUCAAGGAUAGCCGGGCCAAGAUGGAGGAGGAAUUCAAGAAGAAGGAAGAUGAUCUCAGACUUUUUUAUCAACAGGAGAAGCUGAUUUGGCAGGCGGAAAAUGCGGGCGAGAAGCCCGUAGUGUCUUCCCAACCGCCUGCAACACCAGCCAAAUCCGAAGAGCAGCAACAACCUGCCGCAGCGCCCGCUACACCGAAUGUGGCCGCGAGCGGUGCCCCAGACCUUUCUCAGCUAGAUGAUGCCAGCAUCCGGCAGUUCCUAUCCACCAACACAACUGUUAAGAACAUUAUUGCUGCCAACAUAAAGAAGAAGCUGGAAACAGAAAGUACUAGAAUCAAGUCCGAGUUUGAAGCCAAGAUUGCAUCAGCUCGGGAGCAAGCUCAGCUGAUGGAGUCUAAGAAAUCCACUCUUCGUAUUAAUAUGGCCGAGAACAAGCUGAAGUCGGCCGUGGCUAAGUUGGGUGUCGUGGAAACUGCAGCAAACGAGACGCCACAGAAGCCAGUUGUGGAAGUUUGGGAACUUGCGAAAUCUGCACAACCGCCUCCCGCGACGGCGGCACCUGGAACGCCAGCAAAGGGAGCAAAAGCGCCAAUGACUCCAGCUUCGGGUGCCGCAACGCCUGCUGCUGCUACUGCAGUCGCUCAGCAGCCUGUACAAACAGCGGCCCCCGCACCCAAGCCAGCUUCUGGUGCUGUUCCUUCGCCGGCACCGACUAAUAAUCCGUUUGUUGUUCCGGCAGAUGCGACCAAGUCUGACGCGCCUAACCCCUUUGCAAUGAAGCCUGAGCCAGCAGCAGCAGCAGAGACGCAGACGCAACAACCUGCACAGGCUAAGCAACAGCAACAAGGCCAACAGGCCCAACCUGUUCGAUCCGGCAUUCCCAUGCCACGGGGGGGUGGCCGUGGAAGAGGUGGCCCAUAUGUUCCUCCUGGGCAGCGAGGUGCUAGUGGAAACCAGGAUGGAGGUGCGGGCGGUCAAGGUGGACGGGGCAGAGGAGGUCAUAGAGGAGGUCGAGGAGGGAUGAACCCGGGCGCUGCGGACUUCCAACCUGGAACCAAGCGUCCUAGAGGAGAUUCUGAGGCUGGAGGCGGCGCCAAAAGAGCUCGUGGAGCACAUUGA